AUGGUUUCCUCGCUCAUUCUCUUUUAUUUUUUUACCAAGAAUGGCGGUCGUCCGCGUCUGUUUUUGUCUUCUCUUAUUGAUCGUCUCAGCAUCAACCGUAGAGGUGUAGAAGGUAAAUCAAAUCAUCCAGACGCCUGUGAAUCGCUUGGAAUACGCGAACGUUUUCUGUUUAGAUCGUUGGAAAAGACACGUGAGGAAGCAAAAUUUUUUGUAUUAAAAUUGGGAAUUUUUCCCCAUUUUUAGAUUCCCUUGGAACUAAGUUCUUGUGUCACGUAUUUGGAGUAUGAUGACGAGACAAACAAAUUGUGAGAUUUUAAUUUUUAAAAAAUAAUAUUUUACGGGCUUUUUACUCACAAGGAACGUACUUCUUUGGGGUAUGGAGUUACAGGGGCCAAUGCGCUAUCUGAUGCUGAAAGUUAGCUGAAAAUGGUAGGGCGCAGCUCGGAACACAACGUUUCGCAGCUCGCCGGAGCUAAGUUUCGGCUUGUUUUCGAGCUGACGCAAGCUGCGCCCGUGCAAAUUCUCCGAGCUGCGCCCUAUGAUUUUCAGCAAACUUUCAGAUAGCGCAUUGGCCCCAGGUCAAGAUAUAUAUCACAAAUCCCCAAAUUUUUCUGAUUCAGAAUAUGUAAAAAACUAGCUGCCUAAUUUUGGUUUGUAAGGGCGAAAAAAUCAUCGAAACUUAUCUCGCAACACCGCGCAAAUGUCUUUUUGACCAAGUUUUUACCACUUCAACAGCUUUGUUUUGAGCUAAAGUAAAUCCUGGCAUCUUGGCAAGCGUUAAAAUAUCAAACUUGAUUAAUAUUACACCUUAAUUAAACAGUAGUUCCAGUGUAAAAAAGAGGCAUUUGCUUGGCGAGAAAAGUUCUGAGUUUUUUCGCCCUUAGAAACCAAAGAUGGGCAGCUAACUUUACAUACUCUGAAACAGAAAAUUUUGCAAUUUUCUUGACAUAUGUCUUGACCUGAAACUCCGUAGGAGUACUUUCUUUGUCAGAAAAAAAUAUUCUAAAUUUAUGCCAAGUUUCCUCAAAAUCUGAGCGUCGUAUAAGCAUAUGCUUUUGUACUGGCUACUUCCGGACUCGGCUCUCCCUGCAAAGCGCAAGCUAAAAUUUUCAGGGAUUGAUUUGUGGCCAAUUGUGUGCAAAAUUUGAAUCAUCAAGAUUAAUUAGGAAAAAAGAAAAAUAAAAUACUUUUAUUUAUAAUUUUGCUUUCAGAAAGAUCGCUAAUUUCGACGUUUCAAAAGAGGAAUUUGUAAAAAGUCUUCCAUUAGUGCUUCAGCAUGGGAUGGAGCGACGAAUUAAGGAAUUCGAAAAAAAAUUCAAAGAAGUCCAAGAAGAGACAUGCCAAGAUGUGAGUUGAUUUCGGGGGUGAGACUUGACCCAAGUUAGGCGCGGAGAUAGGACACAGAGGUUUUUGACCCUUGCGAUGACAAUGGAAUCAUUAUUUUUCCGAAUUUCCUGCUGUAACUACCGUAAUACCGUAUUGGCCGCUAAAAAACGGCCCUAGAAUCUUUCUUUCUGAAAAUUUCACAGGCGAUUUUACGAUUUUUGGAAUCAGCAUAAAAUUCUGCUCUAGAAGCAAUCAAAAUUCAAAAAAAUCCGCAGAAUGUUUCGUGGUAUAGUGGUUAGUGGUCGGGCCUACCAAUCCAGCGACCCGUGUUCGAGUCCGGCUGGGUCCGGAUAUCAAAAAAAGUUAGUAAAUUAAAUCUUUAUGCUGAUUCCAAAAGUCGUAAAAUCGCCUGUGAAAUUUCAGAAAGAAAGAUUCUACGGCCCUUUUUUAGCGGCCGAUACGGUAUUACGGUAUGAUAAAGUAGGAAAGUCGGGAAAAUAAUGAUUCCAUCGUCAUCGCAAGGGUCAAAAAACUCGGCAACCCUCAAAUCAUCGCACAGUAAGAUAAGAUACGACAGCUGGAGGCGAUUACUUCUAAAACAGCAAAUUGUAAAAAAAUAUACCUUGAUGAAGGUUUUGAGUAAAAAUAUUUCCCGCUUUUGCUUAGCACCUUCCAACAGUCAUUUUAAUGCAAAAAACUCAAAAUCGAUUUCAACUGGCGCACAGAAAUCGUCUUUUAACUCAUAGGAGAAACACAUGACUCGUAAGCGAAAGAUUUGACCCCUAGGAGGAACACUUGACUCAUAAGUGAAGCACUGGUCCGCCAAUCGAUUGUGAAUCAAUUUUCUCCGCUUUCAGCACCCCUUUUACUGCCAAUUCCAACUAAACAACGUUGUUUUCCAAAGCCAAGGGCUCGGAUCGCUUAUGGCCGUUUGUGCAAUGUGCGAAUCUAACUUCGUUCAUAUCAACGAAAUGCUGAACACUCCUCGUCAGAAUCUCACCAUUGAAGCCAGGGGAGGGCUGAAUUUUACCAUUCAGCAUGAGGGUAAGUCCACCAUUCGCGUAAAUAAUCGAUUUGUUUCUUUCGCAGGACCACAUGGUGAGCCUUGGCCGGUCAACUUCACCAGAGACGAGCUGGUGUUGGAGGUGAAAACCUUCAACCCGAGCCUUGUGACCGAGGCAGGCUCUGGGGUGGAGAUGUUAAUGCAAGUGGACGACGAACAUCAAGGCGUCAUGCAAUUGCAUUACCAGAUAUUUCCCGGCGUCGAUUUUGAUGAAAAGAUGGUGAACAUGGCUCGGGACCCACCGGCAAUAAAGGUAAGACAGGUGGGAUGGGUGUGAUCUUCUGGAAUUUCAGAUGACCUCGUUUUACAGUCCAUCGGAUCCAAUGCCGCCGCUUUAUGCGCCUAAACACGUUGCGGAGGACGGAUUCUUCCAGAGACAGGCGACAGGUGUCCGCCUUGUGGAAUGGGUUGGCAACUACCUCUCGUAUUGCAGCCGGGUGUUUGUUGAGUUGUAUGCGGGUAGAAAGGAGAGCUAUUUAUGUGGAAGAAUUUAUUUUCUCGAUGGGACAAGUGGAGACAUUCUCAGUAAGUGAAGAAAAGGGGCAGGUCUUCCACAGGAUGGGUCAAGUCUUUUCUUGUGUGAGUCAAGUCUUUUCUUGUGUGAGUCAACUUUUUUCUUUAAUGAGUCAAGUAUUUUCUGGACUGAGCCAAGUCUUUUAUUGAGUGUGUCAAGUCUUUUCUCGUGUGAGUCCACUGUUUUCUUUCGUGAGUCAAGUCUUUUCUUGAGUGGGUCAAGUCUUUUCUUGAGUGAGUCAAGUCUUUUCUCGAGUGAGUCCACUGUUUUCUUUAGUGAGUCAAGUCUUUUCUUGAGUGGGUCAAGUCUUUUCUUGAGUGAGUCAAGUCUUUUCUCGAGUGAGUCCACCGUUUUCUUUACUGGGUCAAGUCUUUUUUUGAGUGAUUGAAGUCUCUUUUUGGAUGAGUUUUUGAGCGGGCAAGUCUUUUCCUUAGUGAGUCAAGUCUUGUAUUUUGAGUGGGUCAAGUCUUUUCUUGAAUGAGUCAAGUCUUUUUUUGAGCGGGUCAACUUUUUUCCUUGGAGGAAAGCUGUCUCCCUACAGCGGGUCAAGUUUUCCCAACAAUGGUCAAGUCUAUCUCUCAAUAAACUUUUCUUUCCAGAGCAAAUUCAUGGCGCUCGAACUCUCACACCGAUGUCAGAAGUGGAACCAAAGUUGGGGAAAUGCGACAUGGAAGUGAUCAAAAUGAUUAUCGCGGGCCAAGAAAGCGGCCUCUUUGAAAAGCAUGCCGCGAUGAUUGUUUGCCUGUGUAAACCGAGUCUGAAUAACACUGCGUGUGACGAAAGUUUUGACCAAGACGUGUUGAAUCAAACAACUCUACAACAGAUUACGGUAUGCGGAAUUUUGGAGAAGUUUUGUUCGAGGUCUGGGCGCAGCUUGGAAAAAAUUUUAAAAAGAAAUUUUUUUCAUUUGUCUAGAAACUGAUGUUUUGCCCAAAUCUGUGAUAAAAUGAUUUUUUUUUAUUUUACAGCAAACGAAAUGCGAAGAAGGAGGAGAGACAGAUCACACAACGCAAACAGGCCUUUUUGGAUAUUGUCUCUUUACACUACCCACCUGGUUUGCGGCUCGAACGAUCGUGGAAAGGGAAACACACCAGGAGUGCUGGAAAUUGAAUCAUGAAACACCGGCAGCUUGGCAUCUUGAGUACGGUAUUUUUAACAAGAAAAGUACAGGGUGGCUCAGCCGAAGCUUCCAUCCUUAUUUCAAGUAUUUCUCCUACAAUAAUGCACCAAUUUCUUUAAAAUUUGUAAAAAGCUGAACCCGAGGUACCCCAUUUUUUGUUCGGCAAAUAUGACGGGCUCAAGUUCACAAUUUCAAGUUCAAAAAAUUUUCCCUUGGGAAAAUUUUGUUUUCUUUUUGAAAUUUUUUCAGCGAAGGCUUCUGCUAUUACUGUUGCCUUGCCACAGCGGAGAAGCCAUGCAAUCUCGAGUUUGUGCAAGGUGGGAAACUGUAUUACAUGACCUUGAACUGCGAGAAUGCCAAAAAAUUCGGUCUCUACAAUCGAACAUCUCCAAAUUUUGCCGUAAGUUGUGAAGAAUUGAAUCUUCAACGAGUCGAAAAUGUGUUUUAGUAUUUCCCGAGGGAGCUACCAUACGCGGAAGAGGUUCGUAUUCAACGAGCCGAUCUGAUGGAUGUAAACUUUGAGUUUGACGGUUUGUUGGGGUAUUUCCAUCUGGAUUUGCAAAGUUUGUCAGUGAGAAAAAUUGGUAAGUCUUGGAGAUUUUUUUUUGCCAAACCCGGUUUUUUUGAGUGCGAGAGGAACAGUUGACCUAUUGGGCGAAGAUUUAGGCCAUAGGAAGAACAGUUGUCCUAUUAGGGGAAGACUUGACCCAUGAGGAAUACACUUGACUAAUAGGGGAAACAGUUGACUCGGAGGGAAAUUAAUGACCUGUAAAAAAGGACAUUGGCUUAUAAUAGGAACACUUGACCCAUAGAGGAAAAAUUUAACCCUAAAAAUGGAAAGGGUUCGUAAAAAAAAGACUUGUCCCAAGGGAGAAAAAAUGUACUUAUAAAAGAAACGCAUGACCCAUAACGGGAAAAUGUGUCAAGACGAAAAAGAAAAGGGUUGUACAAAAGAGGAAGAGCUGACUCGUGGAAGAAAGUUUCGUCUCUUAGGAGAAGACAUGACUCAUUAAAGCAACAUUUGACCCGGCAAUGGACAACUUGACACAUAAAUGGACGCGUUGACCCAUAAGCGGGAUUUUUGACCAAUAGGGGGAACACUUGACCUCUGAAGGAAAACUUGACACAAUACAGAAAAAUUGAUCCCAAACCGAAGACUGAUUUCGAUAAAGAAACACUCGACCCUUAAAUUUCGUAUUUUCAGCCACCAUCAACCCAGCAGCCCACGCCUAUUUCGAGCACCAAAAUUCGUCGUAUAAAUCGUCGCUCGACUCUGGGGCCUUCAACAAUUGGCAAUUGGCCCUCUGUUCGUAUGCCAAUUGGACCGUUGCGCACAUGGCGCAGGGCUGCAAGUGCUAUACAACCAAUCAAACCGAGCAGCAUUGUUGCUGUUUGAAGGAGUUCCUCGGCACUCUCCUUUCAGUCACCUCAUCAUAUUGGAGCGAGAGAAAGUUUCAGAUUGCAGAAGAGGAUAUGGAAAACCAUUGGUGGUAUCGAGAAACUAUGGCUGUAAAUAUGACAGUAACUGAAGAGGAAUAA